AUCGACACAGAUAUGGAAACAAUCACUCAUUAAGCAUCAAUCGACACAGGCGGCCUAAUUACACAGAAAAUUUGAUCUAAAUUUGCUCCCAUCGGCGCUAUCCCCAAGAUCGAUGCUGCAUUUCCUCGUUGAAUUUCUAUGCUGAUCCGCUGGCGAAGAUAUUCUAAAGCGUAGUUAAAGUAGUUAAUAAUCUAAAGAGCAGUUAUUACAUCUCUUUUGAGUCUUUUCCUUUAUAAUUCUAACUUUCACAUUGUCACAGUACUUAAGCAGCGGUUUCCAGGAACGUCUAGAAAUUUCCUGAAUAUAAGUAUAAAACUUAAUGUUGUUGUCUUGGUGAUGUUAUUCUUAUUAUUAUUGAGUUAAUAUACAGCGUAGUCCCUGCAAGAACCCUCACUCCAAUAAGAUAAUAAUUACGAGGUAAGCCUCGCGCUCCGCGCUCGGCAAGUUAGUACAUAUUGGAAGAGUCAGGCUGGAAUUUAUGGACUGUUACGAGUUACGACAUCAGUUUAAUUACCAAUAAAAAUCUUCUUACAUGUACCGGUACCGGUACGUAAAUGAACUGAAUCAGCAAUAAUGAAUUACGGGUAUUACUCUCCGAACGUCUAAUGUACGGUAGCAAGAUUGUAUGAAUGAUGAGUUAAGGGUACGCCUUUCGCAUUUCUCACAAUCAGCCGAUUAGUAUACUAUAGAUAGGUAUGAUGUUCUAACACCUAUGGCAUUACAGAUAUUCAGAGUACGGGUGGUUGUAGCUCGGUCACUAACUCACCUCCAGAUUUUGCUCACGGGCGGUGGUGAUAGCUCGGUCACUCACUCACCUUCAGAUUUUGCUCAGGGACAUUGGUGGCAGCUCGGUCAGUGUCACUCACUUAUUAUCAGGCUAUCGCAAAAAUCAAACAGCGUCACUAGACGUACAGUAACUUCGUACAGUAACGUUGUAACUUCGAAGUACUACGAAGUUACAAACUACUCGCACAUUAUUAUGCAUAAUGUCCCAAAUCCAUGGUUACAAUUGUCAUACUUACUUUGUCAUCCUUACUUCAAAUGUGACGAUGAUCCUUACUUAAAGAGUUAAAUUACAAAGUUCUACGCAAUGUUGUUGUCAGGCUUCUCAAGUACUGUAAGCCCUUAAGUAAGAAAAAUACUUUGUCUGGAUCGUCCCUAAAUCUCAGAAAGGCAACUUAAGAUAAAAAUCUCACCCGUUCCCCACGGUGGUUGACAUUCUUAGUAUGUUAAAUAUAAAGUGCCGUAAAUUUUUCCGCGCCUCACUUCUUACUAUGGUCCAUUACGAAAGUUUUGGAUGACCUCGUGUUCUAAUCGUGGAGAUUCAGGCUUUCCUAUACUUAAAACGACUAAGAGACUUUCCGAACCUGGCAGUUCUAGGGACAAUUAAAAUUCAGCAUAAAUACCUAUGGAAAAUAAGACAUUUCAAGACUAAGCUGGACUUAAACCGACCACGCGUUGAUUACGCGUUGUGACGAAAUGGACUAUUUCAUGCGCGGAAGAUGUUCUCCCAGACGCUUGAACAUCGCAAACACAGUUUUGGUAAAUUUCGGAGAUGGCACAUGGUACCUGGGGUAUGCUCAGGAUGCCCGCGAUAAUGCUUUCUUCAUUGAUUUUGACUGCGUCAAAAUUAAGCCGUUGUGGGUGGGCUCGCAGCAUGUUUGGCAGCAUCAACUUCUUUCCGAUGAUUAUGAAACUAGUGCGACGAAUUCCGGUGUUUAUGUGGCCCUACGAAAUGAGAAGCAAGAUCCGUAUGUGUUCCACCCGGGAGUCAUACUGAGUUACAGUCCCCGGAACUGUUGGAUGUGUUGUGUCCGUGUUGCUUCCAACGGCACGGAGGAAAACACCGUCGGUCAUUUUGACGUUGUGCAUCGCUGGCAACUAAUUGCAAAGUUACCUUCUCUUACGGAUCGAUUCGAUAGAGUGCCAUACGUUAGACAUGUCAUUUCUCUAGCGAAUUGUCCCUCGUUAAAAGCCGUUGAUGCGCACCAAAUCAAUACAAUCCUAAACCAUGUUUACCGCAAUAAUGAGGACGGCACCGAGCCCGGUCUGGAUCGCCUUUUUGUGCGAAUCGAUGAAUACACAAUUACUUUUUUGAUGUGGCAUAUUGAGAUUUACCAACUACCAAUGCAAUCACAGUGCGGUGAUUGGACAACGAUAAGCAGUGAUAGAAUAUAUUAUGCCUUAGAUGCUUUCUGCCGGCCGGAGCAGCUUUUCACAAUUGACCUGCGGGAAGUGGAAAUUUGUCGCACCACCGCCACCAUCACAGCAUCACUCUCAGGCAACGAAGCGCAAAUCAGCAUCAUUCCGCUAGAAAUUUUAUGGGCAAUAAUGGAAUAUCUGGAUCUACAUUCAAAAGCUUCAGCAAAAAGGGUAUGUGUGGACUGGAAAGCGGCAGUUGUUCUAUCUCAAACAUCGUGUGUCCUGCUAGAUCUUCGUGGGAUUGACUUUUAUCGCCCAGGCCAUCAAUCUGGUUUGGCUAUGAAGGGAUAUCACCUAGGAGUCUUACUGAACUGGUCAAUCACGCCGAAAAGCAAAGCCCUUGUUCUACUAAAUGCCGGCUACAAGGCCAUUCCGGUGGUUUCCACUGUGCUUAGUUUGAAAAGGACUGUCUUGCCUGUUAUUUUAUUGAGAAACUGCAGUACUUUUUCGGAACUUUUUAUAUACAAGGAACACUUCCCUUUUUCUGGUGAACCCAGACAACAUUAUUGUGCAACAUUAUCGCCGCUGGUUCCACACUGCAAGCGUUUAUUGGUUUUCCAUUGGACAGUUUGGUUCCACGUGUGCCAGUGUUACCAAAGCAGACCUUCUGCACUUCAAGAUUUCAGAGGCGUAGUAAUUCCAUCGCUAGCCCUUGACAACUCCAUGAAUUCUGCAGAAAUCGUGAAAUGUUUUAUAAAAUUCCUGCCACCAGCCCCUUCCUCUUCAAAAGAACGCUUCCGAAAUUUCCAUGGCCGAUUGCUGAAGACCAUGCCGUAUCCGGAAGGCUGGCAAAACUUCAGAUAUCUGUUAAGGAGCCAUGCAUUUACCGAUAAACCACCGGCGGAUCGAUUCUGGGAUGACUUAGACUUGCGAAACUUCGAAGAACUGCCUCUUAAUAGGCUCGUGAUCGACUUGGUUGUUCAUUAUGUUGAUACUGUCUACGAAAGAAUCAGCGUGGAAGAUGUGCCGCUAUUGUGACACAAUAUUCCAGCGGACGCCAGAAUCCAUGGAGAAUAUACAAAUCAGUUUUGUUUCUGCUACUUUAGUAGCACAUGUUCCCUGUUUGUUAUUAUUAUUAUUAUUAUUAUUAUUAUUAUUAUCUUCCUGGAUCCGGAGAAGACAACCCUUUCCGAGACUUCAACAAUGACAUUACAGUUGUUAAAAUGACAUUGUUUUGUCUGGUCGAAAUAGUAAAGUAAAAUAAACAAGCGAAGAAAAGAA